CCCGCCUACUGUAAUGGCGUUUCCGGAGUGGACCGUGUAUUUACUUUGUAUUGCUUCAGUAUGUGGCGGAUUUUAUAUUUGUCGAGUUGUUAAAUGCGCCAGGAAAAGUGCGUGGAAAAACAGUCAGAUCGCUAAGCUGAUGGCUCGCUCAGAGAAACCGCUUUUUUGGAUUGCGUACUCUCUGUAUACACGGACCAAACUCGGGUACAUAUUUCACAAGAGGCAGAUGAAAAAAGCACGGGAACGGUAUCCCACUGGCCACUCCAGAGCUCAGCCGACUAUAAUAAAUGGGAUCAAGAUCAUACCGGUUCCCAUCUUAUUAGACAACUACAGCUAUGUGGUUAUCGACACUGCGUCAAAUACGGCUGUUGUGGUCGAUCCCGCUGACCCUCAGCCUGUUCAGGCAUGCCUAGAGGCAGAGGGGGUGGCUUUACAAGCUGUUCUCUGCACACAUAAGCACUGGGACCACAGCGGAGGAAACAGCUUAAAGAGACGCUACAGUUCCUGUCGAGUGUAUGGGAACGCAAUGGACAACAUUCCAGGCCUCACACACCCCCUUUUAGACAAAGACACAAUAGAUUUUGGAACUCAACUUCACUUUAGGGCCUUCUAUACACCAGGACACACAGUGGGUCACAUGAUCUACUUGCUUGAUGGCCGUGCGAUCGGGGGUCCCAGCAGCCUGUUUUCAGGGGAUCUGGUAUUCCUCUCUGGAUGCGGGAGAAUGUUUGAGGGUAAUGCCUCGACUAUGCUGUCCUCUCUGGAUACCGUGGGAUCACUGAACGAUGAUACUUUACUUUGGCCUGGACAUGAGUAUGCUGAGGAUAACCUGCUGUUUGCUGCUGACGUGGAGCCUGGCAAUGUUGUUCGGGAGCAGAAGCUGCAGUGGGUGCUGCAACAGAGGAGCCAGAGACUGUGUACAUGUCCAUCCACUCUUCUAGAGGAGAAGCAGUACAAUCCGUUCCUGCGGAGUCAUUCCCAGGAUCUCCAUCAGGCUCUGGGCCUGCAGCAGAAGCAGGAUGAGGACUGGACAUCAUAUCGCGCCCGAGUUUUAGAGGAGCUGCGAAGGCGGAAAGACAUUUACAAGGACCGAUAAGAUGUUUAUCCCCUAAAAUUUGAAGGAUUUAACCAAUGAAACCAUUCCAACCCAAAUGUAUUGCUCCCUAUACACUGUGCCAUCUAAUAAUAUUGGCAGCCUUGGUAAAUACGAGCAAAGAGUAAACAAAUUAACCUCUACUAUCUAGACAAAAUAGCUCGAAAGGGUUAAAAAGCCACUACUUUCAUCACAAAAAUCUUUAUUUUUUCUUUUGGUUAAUAUUUUGAUCAAAAGAUUAAAUAAUAAAGAAAGUUUUUACAGCCCUCUUUUCUGAUAUUUACAAGGGUGCUAAUAUUAGUGGAGGGCACUCUAUAUUAAGUGUGCUGGAUUUAAAACACUAAUGUGAAUCUUAAAUGGUGACCUAAAGCAGUGUUUCCCAACCCAGGAACGGUGUUUCCUAGUAUUUCCAGGAACAGUGAUUCACAGCUCUGUUCCUGGAGGCACACCAACAGUGUCAUUGGGAAGAGUUUAAAAAUGUUUCAGCACUGCAUGUUUUUAAAUUCUUCUCAAUCAAACACAUCUGAAUCAACUCAUCAGAACAUUAGAAGAGGCUCCAAAACCUGAAAAUAAAUGUGCUAAAUGUGCUGUUGGUGUGCAGUGGUGGAAAGAGUACUGAAAAAAUCAUACUCUGGUAAAAGUACCAUUACUUGCCAAACAAUUUAGUGGAAGUUGAGUAAAAAUAUAUGUUCUUAAUGCUACUCAAAGUAUGAGUAAAACAUAGCCCUUAUAAAAAGUCAUCAAGGGCAGUGAGAAUUAUGCUGUGAAUUUUAUUCCACUUUACAUACAUGGCAAAUUAAAAAUGUGGCUUACACCAAGGUCAUUUUCUUUUAAGAAUUUUUCUAAGUGUAAGUUAGAUUAUUUGCCAUUUGUGGACUAUACAUUUCAAAUGUGAGAUUAAUUUAAUGUAAGAACACAUUACAUUUGUAUACGCACAUAUAAUAAGCCAACAAAAUCUGAAUCUGCCCAUUGAACCCUGACUAACAAGCUACAAGUGUCCAGCAAUUGCCACCACAAACCAAGCUUGUUCAGCGCUGAUAGAAGACAUACAAUUUGUGCAUAUUUUUGAAAACGUAACAUUCUGUAGUGCAUUUAGUUUUUUUAGAGCCAUUUGGCGAUUUCAGUCAUCAUAGAGUUUAAAAUUUAAUCAUAAAAACUCAUAAUAAAAUUUGUGUCUUGGACACUUUUAAAGGUCAUAUGAUGUGCUUUGAAAUGUGCCUUUUUUAUUCAAUGUUUGAAGUAAUCUCAACUGUAAAACGAAGAAAGGGUGGGACAUAGACUAGCUCCUCCCCUUUAAAAAAAAUCAGCCAAUAGUGUUUUGUUUUAUCACAGCUCUUCCAGUGACAGUGGUUGAGCUCACGCACAUUGAAUGAAAAGCAAUUGAGAAGGGAAUGGGGCACGUCAGAUACUAGAGAGCAUUUGAUUGGUUAAGAUUUGAUGACUGAAGUAUGAAGUGAUGUGAAAAAAAAGUUGAUCCAUUUAGGCAGAAGUGAUCAACUACAAGCUUCACAUGUUUAUAUCAGUUUUAUAUCUUCUAAAUGCGAAUUAUGUCACUGUUUUGUACCACGCAAGCUUAUACAUAUCCUUUAAGAUAUAUCCUUCUAACAUCUUAAAAACGUUAUUUUAAUUUCAUUGGAACUUUCACUCUUCCAUGCUCUACAUGUUUGCUGUAUUUCUAAAGCAUCCAUGUCUUUGAUCGUGUCUGAUGCGAUUUGAUAGGAAUCACAGGACUGAUUAUUCCAAUUAGACAGUAACCACAGACAAGAUAAAAUAAACAUACAAAAGUAGUGACUGCAAGUGAAAGUGUUGUAGUAAAGGUACCAUAUUACAGCCCUUAUAAUGUACUCAAGUAAAAGUAAUAGUACCUAUUUUUUAAACUACCUUGUAAAGUACAAUUCCUGAGGAAAAACUACCCAAUUACAGUAAGUUAAGUAGGCCUAUUUGUAAUUUGUUGCUUUACAGCAGUGCUGGUGUACCUCCAGGAACAAGUUUGGGAAACAGUGCUCCAAUUGCAGAUUUGAGUAAACUUGACUUGGGCAUUUUUUUGCAUAGAAACAGAUUUCUUUGAACUGUUUUUGAUUGACUGAAAGCCAUUGUCUGAAUUAGGCAUGUUUUCCUCUAAUAAUGAAGCACUUGUUUUUUCUUAUCUUGUUAUUAAUGUUUAAUGUUUUAGUAAACCACCCAUGAACAGAGUUUUGAAAACCUAUGGUACCACAAGCAGUGAUUUUUAUUUAUCAACGUGUUGUGAUAAUAAACCCAUGAAUUAGUAGUUAAUAA